CCUAUCAAAACAUUUCCUAAGCUUUGCCGAGAAUCGAAAACGGGAAAGACGUUUUUUAAUUUUGACAUUGACAGUUACGAUAAUUGUUAUUCUACAUUGUUUAUAAAUAGAAUAUUUAUUUUCACUGGAAUGGAAAAUGGAUCUUCAGUUUAUUUCUGCGAUGAAAAAAUACGAGCCAUGUCCUGGAUGGUAUUGUGGUAGACAGUUACUGGAAAAUCAUGAAUUGAGCGAUUGUGGGUCCUGUCCUAGAGGAUACAGAAGGAAUGAAACAACAUUUAUAUGUAUGCCAUGUACAGAUAGCCUCACAUUUUAUGAUUGGCUAUAUUUAGGAUUUAUAGUGAUUUUUCUAUUAAUAUUACAUUGGUUUUUCAUUGAUAUGGUUUCAAUGCGAAGAAGUUUCAGCAAACCUGGUUUAAUUCUACAUUUGACUGCAACUUUUGAAGUUAUUAUCUCUAGUAUUUUGUCACUUCUAAUAGUACAUCCAUUUGGGAGUCUUGAAAUUAAAAGCUGUGCUGUUAGGUCCAUGGCAGACUGGUAUACCCUUCUACAUAAUCCAAAUCCUUAUUAUACAGAAACAGUUCACUGCACUCAAGAAGCUGUAUAUCCUAUGUAUUCUAUAGUGUGUUUAUUUUAUGCAUUGAAUCUGGCCUGUAUGCUUUUAUUACGUCCAUGGGUGUGUAAAAAAAUCAGUUUGAGUCGCAGUACAAUGUCUAUUUAUGCAGCCAUGUAUUACUUACCAAUUCUAGGAGUUUCCCAUGCUCUGAUUGGAGGCCUUUUAUAUUAUGCAUUUCCCUAUUUGAUAGUUGUUAUGUCCGUCAUAUCCUGUGCAGCACAUUUUGCGUUUACUAUUAAUCAAACUGUUUUCUCGUUAAUAACCACGACAUUGUAUAGUCCUAGAAACGUGAUUAUUCUACUUGGACAUUGGUGUUUACAUGCAUAUGGCAUUAUUGCAAUCACCGAGUUUGUGGAGCCCCUGUUCCAUUCUUUGUUGAUAUUAUUGGUUCCUUUUCCUACCCUGUUCUACAUUCUCACAGCCAGAUUUACUAAUCCUAAGAAAUUCGAUAAAAGCUAAUAGUGGAAUGAAAAAAUAAUUUUGGUGUGAUAGUAACAAUUUUCCAUUUGGACGCAAAAUGAAAUUCUCUCAAUUUCAAGACUGUUGUGGAUAUUGGCUGAAGGGUUAUUCUACAAAGAAUAGAAUGUGAUUUAUCAUCUAUUCUACAUUACUUCGACUGUACCGAUCUAUUCUAAGUGAAAAUUAGCCAAACCUUUCAAAUUCUGUGAUAGAGAUUAAAUUGUUUAAUUAUUCGAUUA